AUGGAUAUGCACUGCAAGGCAGAUCCCUUCUCAGCAAUGCACCCAGGGCACGGGGGUGUGAACCAGCUCGGGGGGGUGUUUGUGAACGGCAGGCCCCUACCUGACGUGGUGAGACAAAGGAUAGUGGAGCUGGCUCACCAGGGGGUCCGGCCCUGUGACAUUUCCAGGCAGCUGCGGGUCAGCCACGGUUGUGUCAGCAAGAUCCUGGGCAGGUAUUACGAGACGGGGAGCAUCAAGCCCGGCGUGAUCGGCGGCUCCAAACCCAAAGUGGCGACCCCAAAAGUAGUGGAUAAAAUCGCCGAGUACAAGAGACAAAACCCGACAAUGUUUGCUUGGGAGAUCCGGGACAGGCUACUGGCCGAGGGCAUCUGCGACAACGACACGGUCCCCAGCGUCUCCUCCAUUAACAGGAUCAUCAGAACCAAAGUUCAGCAACCUUUCCACCCAACACCAGACGGGAGCGGGACAGGUGUGACUGCGCCAGGACACACCAUCGUGCCCAGCACAGCAUCCCCUCCCGUCUCCAGUGCCUCCAAUGAUCCAGUGGGCUCUUACUCCAUUAACGGGAUCCUGGGGAUUCCUCGGUCGAAUGGCGAGAAGAGGAAACGUGAUGAAGUUGAGACAUUUCAAGAGCCGGCUCACCAGCAAGGGGGUGGAAGGAGGCACCAGCUAUGGGUAGUACCUGAUGUAUCCGAGGGCUCAGUUCCCAACGGAGAUUCCCAGAGCAGCGUGGACAGUUUGCGGAAGCACCUUCGUGGCGACACUUUCACCCAGCAGCAGCUGGAAGCUUUAGAUCGAGUUUUUGAGCGUCCUUCUUACCCUGACGUCUUUCAAACAUCAGAGCACAUCAAAUCCGAGCAGGGUAAUGAGUACUCCCUCCCAGCUCUGACCCCUGGUCUCGAUGAAGUCAAAUCAAGUCUAUCCACCUCUGCUAACCCAGACCUGGGGACAAAUGUUUCAGGACCCCAGACGUACCCUGUGGUGACCGGUCGUGACAUGGCAAGCACCACCUUGCCUGGCUACCCACCCCAUGUUCCCCCAACUGGACAAGGCAGCUAUCCAACCUCAACUCUUGCAGGAAUGGUUCCUGGGAGCGAGUUCUCAGGGAACCCCUACAGCCACCCUCAGUACACAACCUACAACGAGGCCUGGCGGUUCAGCAACCCUGCGUUACUAAUGCCACAUCCCGGGGCUCCGCACCUCCCACUGCUGCCGCUGCCUAUGACCGCCACUAGUUACCAUGGAAACCACAUGAAACUGCAGGGCGACAGCUUAGGCCUCCACAUUGUACCUGUCUGA